GGUGGGCAGGAGCUUGCGGGGCAUCUGCUAGCGGGUCCUCUCUGGGUCCCGCCACAGCUGGGAAGAGGGACCCGUGCGCCCCGCCCCUGAGGCCCCGCCCCGUCCCGUCUCAGCUUCACGGGCCAGAGGUCCCGGGGCCCCGGAGGCGGCCCGCCGGUCUGGGCCCCCGCGAUGUCGCAUGGAUCGGGGCUCAUCCGGACCACGUGCAGCAGCGGCGGCGCGCCGGGGCCAGGCCAGCCCUCGGAGGGACUGCUGGACCGGGUGUACCCGCGCACCCAGGGCGCCCUGCUCAAAGUGGCGCAGAUGGUCACCCUACUGAUUGCCUUCAUUUGUGUGCGAAGCUCUCUGCGGAUCGACUAUGGCGCGUACAGCUUCUUUGAAGUAGUUACCAUCUGUGACCUGAUAAUGAUUCUCAUCUUUUACCUGGUCCAUCUCUUCCGCUUCUACCGUGUGCUCACCUGCAUCAGCUGGCCCCUGUCGGAACUGCUGCACUAUUUAAUCGGCACCCUGCUUCUUCUCAUUGCCUCCAUCGUGGCGGCCUCCAAGAGCUACAACCAGAGUGGCCUGGUGGCAGGAGCGGUCUUUGGGUUUCUGGCCAGCUUCCUCUGCCUGGCAAGCUUGUGGCUGUCCUACAAGAUCAGCUGCAUAACUCAGUCAACAGAUGCAUCUGCCUGACAAGGCCGUAGCCUCUGGUCCCCUCGAAAGGAUCUGCAGGACGUAGGCUCACCCCAGGA